GUCAAUCAAAAUAGGAAAAAAAAUCCCCGGACCGCUCCGGCCGUGUCCGCCGCCGCUUCCCGCAUCCUCUCCCGCCGCCGCCGCCUUCGCUCCUCACCAUGUGUAAGGCGGCGGGGAGCCCCGCCUGAGGUGCCCUAAACACACUAUGACCGCUCCCGAAAAGCCCGUGAAACAAGAGGAAAUGGCUGCCUUGGACGUGGACAGCGGCGGCGGCGGCGGCGGCCACGGCGAGUAUCUGCAGCAGCAGCAGCACGGAAACGGCGCGGUGGUGGCGGCGGCGGCCCAGGACACUCAGCCGUCACCGCUCGCUCUGCUGGCCGCUACCUGCAGCAAGAUAGGGCCACCAUCGCCGGGCGACGACGAGGAGGAGGCGGCCGCCGCAGCCGGGGCCCCCGCCGCCGCCGGAGCGACAGGUGAUUUGGCUUCUGCACAGUUAGGAGGAGCACCAAACCGAUGGGAGGUUUUGUCAGCCACACCUACAACUAUAAAAGAUGAAGCUGGUAAUCUAGUACAGAUUCCAAGUGCUGCUACUUCCAGUGGGCAGUAUGUCCUUCCCCUUCAGAAUUUGCAGAAUCAGCAAAUAUUUUCAGUUGCACCAGGAUCAGAUUCAUCAAAUGGUACAGUGUCCAAUGUUCAGUAUCAAGUAAUACCACAGAUUCAGUCAUCAGAUGGUCAGCAGGUUCAGAUUGGUUUCACAGGCUCUUCAGAUAAUGGGGGUAUAAAUCAAGAAAGUGGUCAAAUUCAGAUCAUUCCUGGCUCUAAUCAAACCUUGCUUGCCUCUGGAACACCUCCUUCUAAUAUCCAGAAUCUCAUACCACAGACUGGUCAAGUCCAGGUUCAGGGAGUUGCAAUUGGUGGUUCAUCUUUUCCUGGCCAAACCCAAGUAGUUGCUAAUGUGCCUCUUGGUCUUCCAGGAAAUAUUACCUUUGUACCAAUCAAUAGUGUCGAUCUAGAUUCUUUGGGACUCUCGGGCAGUUCUCAGACAAUGACCGCAGGCAUUAAUGCUGAUGGACAUUUGAUAAACACAGGACAAGCUAUGGAUAGUUCAGACAAUUCAGAAAGGACUGGUGAGCGGGUUUCUCCUGAUAUUAAUGAAACUAAUACUGAUACAGAUUUAUUUGUGCCAACAUCCUCUUCAUCACAGUUGCCUGUUACUAUAGAUAGUACAGGUAUAUUACAACAAAAUACAAAUAGCUUGACUACUACUAGUGGGCAAGUCCAUUCUUCAGAUCUUCAGGGAAAUUAUAUCCAGUCGCCUGUUUCUGAAGAGACACAGGCUCAGAAUAUUCAGGUUUCUACAGCACAGCCUGUUGUACAACAUCUACAACUUCAAGAGUCUCAGCAGCCAACCAGUCAAGCCCAAAUUGUGCAAGGUAUUACACCACAGACAAUCCAUGGUGUGCAAGCCAGUGGUCAGAAUAUAUCACAACAGGCUUUGCAAAAUCUUCAGUUGCAGCUGAAUCCUGGAACCUUUUUAAUUCAGGCACAGACAGUGACCCCUUCUGGACAGAUAACUUGGCAAACAUUUCAAGUACAAGGGGUUCAGAACUUGCAGAAUUUGCAAAUACAGAAUACUGCUGCCCAACAAAUAACUUUGACGCCUGUUCAGACACUCACGCUUGGUCAAGUUGCAGCAGGUGGAGCCUUGACUUCAACUCCAGUUAGUCUAAGCACUGGUCAGUUGCCAAAUCUACAGACAGUUACAGUAAACUCUAUAGAUUCUACUGGUAUACAACUACACCCCGGAGAGAAUGCUGACAGUCCUGCAGAUAUUAGGAUCAAGGAAGAAGAACCUGAUCCUGAAGAGUGGCAGCUCAGUGGUGAUUCUACAUUGAAUACCAAUGAUCUAACACACUUAAGAGUACAGGUGGUAGAUGAAGAAGGGGACCAACAACAUCAAGAAGGAAAAAGACUUCGAAGGGUAGCUUGCACCUGUCCCAACUGUAAAGAAGGUGGUGGGAGAGGUACCAAUCUUGGGAAAAAGAAGCAACACAUUUGUCAUAUACCAGGAUGUGGUAAAGUCUAUGGGAAGACCUCACAUCUGAGAGCUCAUCUGCGUUGGCAUUCUGGGGAGCGCCCUUUUAUUUGUAACUGGAUGUUCUGUGGUAAAAGAUUUACUCGAAGUGAUGAAUUACAGAGGCACAGAAGAACACAUACAGGUGAGAAGAAAUUUGUUUGUCCAGAAUGUUCAAAACGCUUUAUGAGAAGUGAUCACCUUGCCAAACAUAUUAAAACACAUCAGAAUAAAAAAGGUAUUCACUCUAGCAGUACAGUGCUGGCAUCUGUGGAAGCUGCACGAGAUGAUACUUUGAUUACUGCAGGAGGAACAACACUUAUCCUUGCAAAUAUUCAACAAGGUUCUGUUUCAGGGAUAGGAACUGUUAAUACUUCCACCACCAGCAAUCAAGAUAUCCUUACCAACACUGAAAUACCUUUACAGCUUGUCACAGUUUCUGGAAAUGAGACAAUGGAGUAAAUAUUACACAAAUACUUAUUCAUUGUGGUUAUUUUUAUACAGUAGUGAGAAGAACAUUGUUCCUAAGUUCUUAGAUAUCUUUUUAUUGAUGUGCAAAAAUUUUUGGAUUGACAGUAACUUGGUUAUACAUGACACUGAAAUGCCUUACUUUGUAUGAUAUUCCAUAGUAUAUUAAAAAUGGUAAAAUUGCAUGGGUUUUGUAGGUACUUUUGGAAUCUAGAAGAAAUGAAAUUUUACCAAGUUAUAUAAAGAGAAAAUUGAAUUUAACAAUGCGAAUGGUAGUCUAACCAAAUGCAUCAAUCCUGUGUGGUUUAGUGUAAAAAUGAGAACAUGUUGGUAUUUAUCUAUUGUAAGA